AUGCCGCGUUAUGAUGAUCGAUAUGCCAGUACGCGUCUCUAUGUUGGGCACCUGGCAGCUAGGACGCGAUCACGGGAUCUGGAACAUCUUUUCAGCAAAUAUGGGCGAGUACGAGAUGUGGAUAUGAAGCGUGACUAUGCGUUUGUUGAAUUUAGUGAUCCCAGAGAUGCUGAUGAUGCAAGGCAUUACUUAGAUGGCAAGGAGUUUGAUGGAAGUCGAAUCAUCGUGGAAUUUGCCAAGGGGGUACCUCGUGGUUCUCGAGAAUAUUUGGGAAGAGGUCCUCCUCCAGGGUCUGGACGCUGCUUUAAUUGUGGCAUUGAUGGCCACUGGGCUCGAGAUUGCAAAGCUGGAGACUGGAAGAAUAAGUGUUAUCGUUGUGGGGAAAGAGGUCAUAUAGAGAGAAACUGCAAGAACAGUCCCAAGAAACUCACUAGGCGCGGGAGGAGUUACUCUCGAUCACCAGGUAGAUCACGCUCUCCUCACCGUGGAAGAAGCCGCAGCCCAAGUUACAGCCGAGGUCGGAGCUACAGCCGAUCAAGAUCUCCACCACCAAAGAGGGAGCGAAGUAUUGAGAAUGAGGACAGGUCAUUGAGCCCUGAGCCGAAGUUUACCAAGGCAAGGAAGCGCAGCCCAACACCUGACGAAGGCAGCCCACGUCCUUCUCCCAAGUCUCGGAAACUGGACGAUGAACAAGAUAGAGAGUACAGUGCCAGCCCCAGGGGAAGAAGCAGAAGCCCUCGAGAUGAGAGGUAUAGAAGUCCUUCCGCUAAUGGCCGAAGCCGAAGCCGAAGCCGAAGCCGCAGCCCUAGUCCCAGAGAUGAUAGAAGUCCUGUUGAUGAUGAUUACGAGGACAACAACCGCUCACCAAGAGAUAGUGAUGUGUCACGUUGA